CAUCAUAUCUUUAUAAAUUAUGAGUACCCCUCCCUCCAUUCUUUCUUUCUUCUUCUCUGUUCUAUAAAUCUCAGUAACACUCGCCCUACUAUCAUCUUUAUAUCUAAUUUUUUCCAUUUUAUUCAGAUAUUUUUUUGUUCUUUUUCCAUUUUUAGCUGCUGUUAAACCCUUUGAUGAGGGGAGUAGCGGCGUCAACAUCAGCUUGGAGGAACUUUUAUGCCACCGAUAUUUAUGGAGAGUUCGUAUUACGCGCCACCUCACACCGUCGCGUCUCGGCCGUCCAUGGGAUUCCCUCUCGGCACGGCGCUGCUCUUGAUUCUAAUUUUCAGCUUGAGCGGCAUCUUCUCCUGCUGUUACCACUGGGACAAACUCCGAUCCUUCCGCCGACGCUCUCAUUUCUCUAACGCCGCCGAUCUCGAGGCUUCCGCCGCCGGCUACGGCCCCCAUAAACCUAAACACCUUCCCCAGAAUUCGAAGGAGAAUCAUAGGCAGACUUUGCCGGUGAUAAUGCCCGGUGAUGAAGUACCUAAGUUCCUGGCAAUGGCGUGUCCGUGUCAGCCGCCGCGGCCCGGGAAGGCCGUGGUUGUGGAAGUGCAGAAGCCGCCGCCCCCGCCGCCGCAAAUGCCACCCAAACCGCUUUGUGGGGUUGAAGCAGUGCCGUUCUAUUAGAUUACAGCUCCAUCUCGUACGUCAUCGUUGAUUCUUGAAACUGAAAACUGACCAUUUGCUUCGUGAAGCGGUGGACAGUAGUGGACUCCCCCUCUAUUUUUAUUUUCUAUUUUUGUAAUGUAAUUAUAAUGUAAAUUUACAAAGUUUUUAUUUUUUUUUUAUAAAAAAAAUAUCUUGAAAUUCUAGAUGAAUGAAUGACUAUAUAUGGAUGGUUAGUGUAUCGAGUAAUCUUUUAAUUUUUGUCAAAAA